AUGAGUGAGUUUGGAAUCAAUCAAGAUGGUCAAAGCAUUGGAGAUAACUAUUAUAUCGGUUGCCUGCUUGCUUUCACCGCUGAGCGUGAUAUCGAUUUGUCUCUAUGGUCACUACAAGGGAGCUAUUACAAGGGGCUAGGCAUUAUUGGAAAAAAUGAGAGCUAUGCUGUGAUUUAUACUGAUUGGAAUACUAUUAGGAAUCCAGGCUUCAUGGCAACUAUUUCAUCUAUAGUUCCUCCCCUCAGAGAAGCAUGGGGCUUCAAUGGAAAUGGGCUGGCAUUUGCUAAUGGAUCAACAAACUCUUGCUUGGAAGCUUUGGGAAAUGGACAAGGAGUUCAGGUUGGGAAUAGUACUAUUUGUGGAGGGCGAAGCUCUAAGUGGAAAACUGUCUCUCCCACUAACAUGCAGUUCUCAUCUCAACAGUUUAACCUGUGUUUGGAUGUUAACCCUAAUGGGAAGACUCUUGUUACUAAUCCAUGCUUGUGUUUGGAUGGCAGUUCAAAUUGUAACCCUGAGAGUAUGGUUCAAGCUUGUUAA